CAGCGCAGCACUAGUAGUAAACAAGUAUACGGUAGUGUAAUACUAUUUGAUCACGAUGGCUUCCAAGACCAACGAUUUUUCGUCAGUCGAAGUAAUGCUGGUUGAGAAAUUUGAGAGGAGAAAAGUUAGCAGUACUGGAAGGGAAUUCGUAGUUGGGAUGAUCAUUGAAGGUGGAGAAAAUGAAAGAAGUAUCAAACCGUGUUAUAUUAAUGACAUCAAUUGUGAAGCCUGUGGAGAUUUGUUGAAAAUAAAUCCCAAGGAAAAAAUGAUCAUCAACGAAGUGACGGGAAAGGGAGGGACAAGCCUCAACGUGAAAAGCACUGCAGAUGUGUUUGUGUUUCCGGAAAUUGUGGAUUUUGCUGUCAACAUGGCUGUUGUGGAUAACUUCAUAACUCCACCAAAAGUCACUGUGAGUGAAGCUCGUGGGAGUCCAAAAAAAAAACGACUCAGUGUUGAAGGAAACUUGAUAGAGGUGGGAGUGUUGGCUGAAACGCCAGAUUACAAGAGAAGGCAACUCAAACUUGCUGAGCCUGGAGAUGAUGGUCAUAUCAUAAGCCUUACCUUAUGGGGAGAGCAAGCUGUAGCCGACCUUACCCCUGGACUGCAAGUGUGUUGUUCAGCUGUAAUUCGAGAGGAAAACGGACUUCGAGCUUCUCCGUCAACAAAAAUUGAGUUCAAAAACGAAAUUUGGCUAAAAGGAACUGUUGCGGGCAUCAGGAGCAGAAGCACUCCUGUGCGUGUCAUCUUGACUAACGGGACAACCAUCAAGGUCUCUGGGGAGUUAGCACUGGACUUUGCAGAAUUCCUUGGUCAGACAAUCCAAUACAAAGUUGGCAAAGAUGGGUUGGUUUGUGAACUGAAAAAAGUAGAAUGAUUAAGGUAUCUGUGUUGUGAACAGGCGCGUACG